AAUGAUCAAGGGAAUAAAACAAGGACAACGACAAAAGGACAAAGUUACGAGAAUAUUGAGAUGAGAGGCAAUGUAUUACCACAGGUAACCCAAUCAAUUCCUGAAUACGAAGCYGUUCAACAAGCGAUUGGAAACCCAAGUGCCCACGGAAUUGUUUUUUCUUCUUCUGGCGAUGCAAGUCAAUAUCAAGAGCUCAAUCUGUUAGCACCAGGAAGCCCACCAGAGGGCUUGGGUCCGACGUACGAGCCUCUUCGUACAAAAUCCAAGGACAUGGAAUCUGUGGCUCAACAGGAACAACAUCCGUACGAAUCCCUUGACCUUAAAAACAAAAGCUCUGCUUAUCAGUCACUGCAGACUAUCAAUAUAUAGUAUGCAAURUUUGACUAUUGCGAUUAUAUUCCCUUAAGAGGUUAACAUUAUUCAU